CCAUCCGGGUCAUUGACAUUUACUCAACAUGGCACUUGGGGACGAAAAAGCGAUUACAAACACCGCUGGAGGCGAGCCAGAGGCAGAGGAAGAGGAGGAAGAAGACCUUGUGGACACGCAAGAUGUUUUGAAGGAAAAGUGCCAGCAAACAAAAGAAUGUCAGAAGUACUACGAGGAGCUGCAAGUAUGUACCAGUCGGGUGGCAGGCAAGUCUAACACCGAGGAAACGUGUGACCAAGAGCUCUACGACUUCAUUCAUUGUACAGAUCAUUGUGUUUCAAAGUCAUUAUUCGAAAAUCUAAAAUAACCAUGGCUGCUCUAGAGAGAGGUUUAGGAAAUUGAUCAUCGAGUGUGUUUUGUUCAUAUUGACUCAUCAUUCAGCAUCACUGACAACAAGAUGGACUGAAGAGCCCAAUCUCGAGGACACCAUCAUCGCGCUGUUUUGUAAAAUACCAGCGGAAUACUGUACUUGAUAUUGUGCAAGCUGCACUUUAAAGAAAAGUGUAUUGAGACCCUGUCUUUACAAACUUGGCAGACUUUUAUAUCGAAUAAUUAUUGUUUGACUCCAUUCACGGAGUCGGAUGCUUCAAAUUUUUAGAAGUCGAUCAUCCGGAGGAGCUUGACGAAAAAGUGAUAUUGUGUGGUCUGCUCAAUCAAAUAUGGUAUUCAGUUCUGGUUUAAUGCAAGUAGAAGGCUUUGAAAAUGAGUAGUAUUGAUGACUACAUACAGCACCCAUGGAUAAAGUGCUAGCCCGACUGCUGAGGGCAACUAGGCAAGUGGGUUUGCCAAAUUCUAUUAAAACAGACUGUUCAUGUAUUUAGAUAAUUUUAACAAGUUCCAUCUUGUGGUCAGGUCACAUUCAUCCUAUAUACAGGGAGUGAUAUUCUGAGUGAAGAUUUCAUGGAUAGCUAAUAUACGUACAUUACAUGUAGUAGUUUGUGUGUGGUCAAGAAACAAUUUCAAGAAUAUCAAUGAAAUUACUGUAUUUCUCUCCUAAAUUUGGCAAACCCACUUGCAGAGCAAUGUUUUAGUGUUGUCAAGGACUCGUUUGCAGCCAGAUUGUGUGACAUUAGUUAUGUAACAAGUUUGAUUCUUAUAAAUAUUCAAUGUAUGUUAUAA